UGCGUCAGCGCGCACGCGCAGGAAGGAGCGGGGGCCCUGCCCGGGGCGGCCUUCCCGCUCGCGUGGCCGUCCGGCUGGAGCCUCCAGGUACAUUUAUCCAUCUUUCUAUGAAAAAUUAAAAUGGCUUCUAGAGGAAAGACAGAGACAAGUAAAUUAAAACAGAACUUAGAAGAACAAUUGGACAGACUAAUGCAACAGUUGCAAGAUCUGGAAGAAUGCAGAGAAGAGCUUGAAGCAGAUGAAUAUGAAGAAACCAAAAAAGAAACUUUGGAACAGCUGGGUGAAUUCAAUGAUUCGCUGAAGAAAAUUAUGUCUGGAAACAUGACUUUGGUAGAUGAACUAAGUGGGAUGCAACUGGCCAUCCAGGCGGCCAUCAGCCAGGCCUUUAAAACACCAGAGGUUAUCAGAUUGUUUGCAAAGAAACAGCCAGGGCAGCUGCGGACAAGAUUAGCAGAGAUGGACAGAGACCUGAUGGUUGGAAAACUGGAAAGAGAUGUAUACACCCAACAGAAGCUGGAGAUACUGACCGCCCUGCGGAAACUUGGAGAAAAGCUAACUGCCGACGAUGAGGCCUUCCUGUCCACGAAUGCAGGCGCCGCCCUCAGCCAGUUUGAGAAAGUCUCCUCUGACCUUGACGCCCCACUCCGCCACCUGAUGAGGUUGUAGUUCACUGCACAGGAGCACCUGCUGAUCACCAUCUCGUGCUUCCAUCCUCUUCCUUUCACGGCAAUCCCUCAGCAGUCUGCUUUUUUAGUUAUUAUCUCAGCAAGAAAAUGAGGAACAGAUGCUGUCCAAGCCCCUUUGGGAAGGGGCUCUGGGGACCUUAAGCCUAGUUUUUUGUUUUGUUUUGUUUUCAAACUAAGUCAUGACCUUCUAGGACAUAACUUGGCUUUAAUCACGUGUGUUUUGAAGCUGAUUUUCCUUUAAAGUGACCUUGGUUAGACAUCUGGUUGAAGUGACCGAGUUUGUAGCGCCCAGAAAAACAAGAGGCCCCGUGGCCCCGCGGGCUUCUCUCACCUGAGGCGAGCUCUCGACCACUGGCAAAUUUGACACCUCUUCCGAGAUGUCCUUUGGGAUGAGCGCUCCCCAAAGUCUGCCCAGGGUGGAAUGUAGUAGGAAAUCAUUGGAGAGAGAGUGUAUCCUUAAUGGUUCUGUCUGUGCUGUGGAAUCUGCGGGCGAUCUGGUGUUUCCUUAAAGGAGAGACCUUGACAAGUGAAUCACAUGCUAUGCAAACCAUAGUCAUUAAAUACUUUUUAAACUUGA